AUGGCCUCUCUUAAUACCACCUUAUUUCAUCCCUACUCUUUCUUCCUUCUGGGGAUCCCUGGGCUGGAACACCUGCAUAUCUGGAUUAGUUUCCCUUUUUUUGUUGUGUACCUGAUAGCUGUCCUUGGGAAUAUCAGCAUACUUUCUGUAAUUCAGAAUCAGAGUAGCCUCCACCAGCCUGUGUUCUACUUCCUGGCUGUUCUGUCUUCUAUUGACCUGGGCCUUUCCACAUCCACCAUUCCCAAGAUGCUUGGCAUCUUCUGGUUCAACCUGAAAGAAAUAUCCUUUGAGGGUUGUCUCAUCCAGAUGUUUUUCAUUCACUUAUGCACUGGCAUGGAGUCGACUGUGCUCGUGGCCAUGGCCUAUGACCGCUAUGUAGCCAUCUGUAAUCCACUUCGCUACACGUUGGUACUGACCAACAAGGUGGUAUUCGUCAUCAUAGCAGUAAUCUUACUGAGACCUUUGCCUUUUGUCAUACCCUUUGUUCUUCUCAUCCUACGGUUACCAUUUUGUGGACACCAGAUUAUCCCUCACACUUACUGUGAACACAUGGGCAUUGCCCGCCUGUCCUGUGCCAGCAUCAGAGUCAACAUCAUUUAUGGCUUAUGUACCAUUUUUAUCUUUGUGUGUGACAUUAUAGCCAUUGUCAUUUCCUACGUGCAGAUCCUUGGUGCUGUCUUUCGACUCCCUUCCCAUGAUGCCCGGCUCAAAGCGCUCAGUACCUGUGGCUCUCAUGUGUGUGUGAUGUCGGUUUUCUACAUUCCUGCAUUUUUCUCGUUCAUGACCCAUAGGUUUGGUCAGAAUAUACCACACUACAUUCAUAUCUUUCUGGCCAAUUUCUAUGUAGUAAUUCCACCUGCUCUCAACCCUGUAAUCUAUGGUGUCAGAACUAAACAACUCUCUGACCAUUAA